CGUGCGUACUGUUUACUUCCUGUUCAGCUGUUAAGCAGUGUCAUUGCAUAUGUGAUUCACGUCUUAAUAUAACGAGUAAUAGUUCUAUCACGGAUUGGAAAAUGUUUGGUUUUGGACAUAUGUUUCCGGAGGUGGGUCGCCCAUUCCAGACCACCUACCGAUGCUACUCCGUCACGAUGCUGGGAGACAGAGAGGAUGUGGAAAGGGGAGGCAAAAUUAUAAUGCCACCUUCAGCUCUCGAUCAGCUCACUCGUCUCAACAUUCAGUACCCGAUGUUGUUCAAACUGACCAACAAGAAGCAUGGCCGAGAGACGCACUGUGGCGUGCUGGAGUUUGUGGCAGACGAGGGCCGGAUAUACAUCCCAUACUGGAUGAUGAGAAACCUUCUGUUAGAUGAGGGUGGGCUGAUACAGAUAGAGAAUGUUUCUCUCUCAGUUGCCACCUUUGCCAAAUUCCAGCCUCAGUCCGUCGACUUCCUCGACAUCACCAAUCCAAAAGCUGUACUUGAAAAUGCUCUGAGGAACUUUGCGUGUUUAACGAAAGGAGAUGUGGUCGCCAUCAAAUACAACGACAAAAUCUAUGAGUUGUGUGUCCUGGAAACCAAGCCCGGUACUGCAGUGUCCAUCAUUGAAUGUGACAUGAAUGUAGACUUUGCCCCGCCCGUUGGUUACCAGGAACCACGCUCCCAGAAGCAGGAGGAAUCUCUCGCCACAGAUGGAGAGGAAAUGGACACUGGUGCAGAUGCUGUAGACAGCGCCUUCAGAGCUUUCAGUGGCCAAGGUAACCGUCUUGAUGGAAAGAAGAAAGGAACAGACAGUUCGGCUGUAGCAUCAAACAGUGCCCCAACCAGAGGUAUUCCAAACUACAGCUACAAACGAGGGACCUUGACAUUCAUCAGAACCUCCAGGCCAGUAGCCAAUGGGAGCGCAGACGACAAGGAUGACAAGAACUUCGAAGCCUUCUCAGGAGAGGGUCAGUCGUUACGAAGGAAAGGCAGGAAAUGAUGGCAGUGCAUGCUGGACAAUUGUUGAUAUUUAUUUCAUUGUACAGAUCAUCCACACAAUACUUCAUACUACAACAGACAGUAGCAUUGGGUCAUUAAAUGGUGAUCUAAUCAAUGCUUCUGUUGGGAUUUAGGUAAAUCACAGUGAUUGGAAGAGACAAACGGUCUUGGGAUAUUUUCAUGAUUUGAUUAUGUUUGACAGACAUCAGUUUUCAUUUUUGCUAGAAGUUCAAAAACUUUAGGACAUUAAGGGGUUUUGAGGUAUCAUGCUUCUCAUACAAAAGACACAAGUUUGAGCCUAGCAUUUGUGAAUGGUCGAGUCCAAGUCUGGGUGUCUGUGAGUAGAAUAUGGACUAUAAUUAAGUAAUGUCAUACUCACCAUAUUUUGUAAAUCUGAUCUGACAAUGUUCUGGAAAAAUACAACCUACUUCUGGGAAAUAGAGCAACAAUAGGCUGCUUUUACAAGCUUCUCAAAGGCUUGAAUCACCUGGACAUUUAUGGCCUAGCUUUAAAGAACCUGACUUUUGAGGCCAGCCUACAAAUUCAUUAUACUUCUUGCUUUAAAAAAGCCUUGAUGUUUGUGGUCUGCCUUCAAAAGACUUUGUCCUUUAAGGCAUGUCUUCAAAGGAAGCGGAAUCUUGAGGUCAGCCUACAAAAGUCCUUUUUCUUUGAGGUCAGGCCUCAAUAGGCCUUAACGUGUCAGGUCAUGCUUCAAAAGGACUUGACGUUUGAAAUUUGUCCUCAAAAGAGCUUAAAUCAUUGAGGCAAGGUGUGGAUGGUGCUUGCUUAGUCAAAUGCAGAAGACUUAGGUUUCGUUUGAGGGUUUGGACUUGUUUCUAUCCAACAGAAUCUGCCUGUUAAGAAGUAUUGAGAAUUAAUAAAAAUGUGCCAGAAUGAGGAGAAAAGUCACCAGAAUUGGAGAUGUUCCAUCUGUUCAUCUUGUUUCAGAAUUUACAUUUAAAUUCUGUGACAACUGAAGUGCUGGAAAUGAUCUGUGUUGGUGAUUGUUGGGUGUCUGUAACAUGUACAAUGUCCUUCAAUCAAAGGAAGAUGAUCAUUUUGUAAAUAAACAUCUUUUGACCUCA